GCCCCUUUCCUCCGGGAAUGCUGGGAUGUAUACUGCCACUGAUCAGGAAUGGUGAAGAGCUAUGGUACAGUCCUAACUGUAAUAUAACUAUUACAUUUUACAAUAUUCUAUAGAAAUCUACACUGCGGCGUUUGUCUGAAUGCAUCGGUGCUACUGAAAAGCGGCCCUAGAAGUUAAGCAUUGGAUAAAGAUUUAGAAAUAUAGCUAAACCAGACAACCGCCAUCAACUCAGAAGUCCUUGACUGCGAAGGCACCCCGAGGCUACUUCCUGUGAGCUUCCUGUUCCUGUCCCAAGGCUGAGUCUGCAUUGUAUUAAAGGAAAGGGAAACACCCAGUAGCUACGGCUCAUUUGAAACUCCAUGUUCACAAGUACAAGGGUCGCCAUUGACUGAGCUCCCGUCGCCAUGGACGCCCAACCGCAAGGCCAGCAGGCUGCCGUUCCCAUGUUCCAGCCGCAGAAGCCUCUACAGCCGGAUAUGGAGUACAAUAUCUUAGCCAACUUUGCAAUUGAGAAGAAGAUUGGGAGAGGACAAUUUAGCGAGGUCUACCGGGCCAGGUACUUGCUAGACAACACGUCAGUAGCUUUGAAGAAAAUUCAGAUAUUCGACUUGAUGGAUGCCAAAGCUCGGCAAGAUUGCAUCAAAGAGAUAGAUCUCCUUAAGCAAUUGAACCACCCCAAUGUAAUUAAAUACCAUGCGUCCUUCAUUGAAGAGAAUGAACUAAAUAUAGUUCUGGAGCUUGCCGAUGCCGGGGACCUGUCAAGGAUGAUUAAGCACUUCAAGAAACAGAGGAGGCUGAUCCCUGAGAGGACGGUGUGGAAGUACUUUGUUCAGCUCUGCAGCGCUCUGGAACACAUGCACUCCCGGCGCGUCAUGCACAGAGACAUAAAACCGGCUAAUGUGUUCAUUACUGCCACUGGGGUAGUAAAACUGGGGGACCUGGGUCUGGGCCGGUUCUUCAGCUCCAAAACCACCGCGGCUCAUUCUUUAGUGGGCACCCCUUAUUACAUGUCUCCCGAGAGGAUACAUGAAAACGGAUACAACUUCAAAUCUGACAUCUGGUCGCUAGGCUGCUUGCUGUAUGAGAUGGCUGCGCUGCAGAGCCCGUUCUACGGAGACAAGAUGAACCUGUACUCCCUGUGCAAGAAGAUUGAGCAGUGUGACUAUCCCCCUCUCCCGUCCGAUCACUACUCUGAAGAGUUGAGAAAACUGGUAGAUAUGUGCAUCAAUCCUGACCCUGAGAAGAGGCCGGACAUCACCUAUGUGUACGACAUCGCCAAGCAGAUGCACGCAGUGACACUCGGCAGCUAAGUCCGCGAAAUAAGAGCUUGUCUUUCCGCGUGUCCUUCUCCACGGCACGUAGCACGCACGGUUUUUCCGAAAGGGAAGAACUGGUGGUGAUAUACCAGGUAUUUUGAAAAUGUAAUUUAUUUCACACUUGAGCUGAGGCCCAUGUUAAUAGAUGAAGAAUGGCGCAAAAGCAAGUGCCGCAGCUCCAUAGCUGUGUGAUGCCUUCCUCACGAGCCCUUCAGUCGCGUCCUGAGCUGAUCCAGGGUGUUCAGAUGAUUGAGUUAUGUUGAGUUGGAGUGACGGUCGUGUUGAGUUCUGUCAGUCGGUUUACAUCACCCUGUCAUGGAGGAACGCUGCCUGAACCAGGGACAGGACAUUUUAUCAUCAGCAAUUGUUUGCAUUCAGGUUUUCAUUUUAAACAUAUACCAUACUGUACACACACACACACACACACAUGCACACACGUGCGCACAUACAGACACACACACACACACAGGCAUACACGUGCGCACAUACAGACACACACACACACACACACAUACACAGGCAUGCACACACGCGCACACACAGAGGCAUACAUACACACACGCAUGCUUAAAGACAAAUCCAGUUAUAUUGCUUGAUUGCACUUUUUGGUACAGAUUGGAUAGAAGUAGAGCAGUCUUCUAAAGGAUACAGUUUGAAAGAUAAUCUUGUACUUGAUCAAGAGAUUUCAAAACAGUUGUUGGAAACAGUCCAGUUAGUUCAGCUUUAAGAUAAGAGGUUUUUCCAGCAGAUGAAUAUUUUCAAAUGAAUUUAGCUUGAUUUGUUGUGACCUGAUGCUUCAGCCAGAUUCUCACUUUGAAUGUGUUAAUUUGCACUGUUCUUUGUCUUCCCUCAAAUAUGUCUGCUGCUUUUUAAAAAGAAGAGUCGUUUCUGUUGGUGUUUGUGUUCUCGUGCACAGUGAAGUGUGGAUAUCCCUGAAUCCUGACUGUUCUGUAUGUGUGGGAGUGGAGUGUCUCUAACACUUUCACCUGUAGUUAUUAAGCAAAGGAGGAUUGUUAUUUGCUGCUGGUUUUUGCAACCGGGGGUCCCAACCUUGAUAAAGCAUUGCAGUCUGUCUUUAAGCCUUUUCACCUACGCAGUAUUUCUCUCCUCUCAGAUGUGCACUUUCAGCUCUGUACUAAACGUUAGCCUCAGGUGCGUCUGGCCAAAUGCAGAAACUCAUCAGGGCUUUUAUCUGCAAUUGGGUUGCAGUCGUCUGAUUUGCUUGUAUUCCGUUCGAUGUAUUGGCAGUUUUUAAAAAAUAAUCUGCAAUGAGGCAUGGCACAGGUCGUUGCAGUGACAUUAUUACCUUGAGAUGAAAACGAGCCAGGGACCUCUGGUAGUUGUAUUUCUUUUUCAGACAAAAACCUCUAAAUCUGGCACAACUGGGGACGUUGGAAACACGAAGGAACACACUAAAAUACUAGCAGCUCAUUAAGAUACUAGCGGCUGGUACAUUUUUGAAUUGCUAGUUUAAAUGGAUCUGCUGCCCCCGUCUUCACACAGACUGAAUUUUACCGAGUCAGUGCAUUGCAGAUGUGUGGAUUGUGUAUGAAACUGAAAUCAGCUAUUUAGAGAUGUUUGCAAAUCUUUUUGAUUUAUGUACACUUUUAGAAAAAAAAGGGUUAUUUGGCUUGUCUCCAUUGGGGAACCCUUUUUAGUUCUUUAUGCAAACCGCUAUAGUAGGUGAGAGGUUUGAAAGUUCCCAGAUUUAACUUUUUUGCCUGACGAAGACCCCAUCAACUAGAUAGGGUUCCUCCAUGGAGACAGGUGCCUUUUGGUACCCUUUCUUCUGAGAUUGUCGAUGAAGAAAUAGGUUCUUUAUCACAAUGGUUUGAUGAAAUUGUGUUCCUGUACUGAUGUGGUUUCAGUGGAAAUUAAAUGACUUUACAAAGAUAAAUAUUUUAAUAGCAAAAUAGUUCAGUUCCUCGUCUUAAAAUAACUCAGUAUGUGUGCAGCCCAUCAUCAUAUUUGACUAUAUUAUGCCCCACGAUGAAAUAAUUGAACGUGUCACUCCUGGUAGUUUACAUAUUGAUAACUUGUAGAAAGAAUAUACUUUUUAUUUCAUAUUUUAUGAUUUUGCAUCUUUAGUUAUAGGAUUUAUUCAGUGAAAGGCUCAUUCUGUAGAUCAGUUUUGCCUUAUAUUGUUCAUAUGAGCAAAUAGUGUUUCUCCUACCAGAAUCUUACAAAGUAAAAGAUAUAUAGACAGACUGGAGGGAAUUUAUAACUUUUUGUGGGUGACGCAUAUGUUGCUAGUCCAAUAACAAAUAUUUUAGAUUUUGUUUCGCACAUUUAGUUUGAAUGAGAGUGGGGGUUUUAUUGCAAAACUGCCGUUAAUAUUCAGUUUUAAUCUUUCUUCCAAAUCAGCUUGUCUGUAUAAAUGCACUUUGAACAACAUUUUUGCAGGUUAACUUUUUUAUGAUUACAUAUGAAGGCAGAAAGGCAAGGUAAAAACCAAAUGAAAAAAGGACUAACUGGUGGAUUUAUUCUUAAAAAAAUAACAUCUAAGACCGGCCACAGUCUCAUAUUACUUGUGCAUCGGUCGCCGUCUUUCCAUGUAAAAAUAUUUAUUUGUAUUCAAGGUUGUUAGUUUGGUUGUAUUUUUAUUUUGGAACAAUGACAGCUGUAUGUUUUGGUUGCUAGUUCUUUAAUGAUAAUACUGCAUGGUACAGAUUUACAGAUCAGUUCAAUAUUAAACGGCACCUCUGUUCAUUAAUUCUUUGUGUUACAUUACAAAGUCAUUUAGACUGAUUUGCUUUUUUUAUAUCUGGUACAUCCCAUUUCAAAGACAUUCUGAGGUGUGUGUGUGUGUGUGUGUAUGUGUGUGUAUGUACAUUCACUGAUAUUGUACUCUAGACUGAUUUGCUUUUCUUUAUAUCUGGUACAUCCUAUUUCAAAGACAUUCUGAGUGUGUGUGGGUGUGUGUGUGUGUGUGUGUGUGUGUGUGUGUGUGUGUGUGUGUGUGUGUGUGUGUGUGUGUGUGUGUGUGUGUGUGUGUGUGUGUGUGUGUGUGUGUGUGUGUGUGUGUGUGUGUGUGUGUGUGUGUGUGUGUGUGUGUGUGUGUGUGUGUGUACAGUCACUGAUAUUGUACUCUAGCAGCAUUUAAUUGAGUUUGAUAAUUGUGAAAUCCUAUGGUAAUCUAAAGUGUUCUUAGGUUUGCGUGGCUUUGAUUAUGGCCUUAAUAAAAGAGCAUUAACUAUGUGCACAAAUUAUACUCCGCUAAUUAAACUGCUGCUGCAAGGCACCGUUGUCAGCAUACUGUAUGGUAGAUCUUGCUGUGAUUUAUACCAAAUGUAUCAUGGUAUUCAUUAAAAUAAAGAUGUGAGCAUUUUUUUAUUUAUUUAUCAAGUGCUUGUUAUUUGGAAUUAAUGUAUUGAUUAAUUGAUUAUUUCUAACCAAUGAUACUUGUACAGUAACAGAAUCAAUACUUUUAAACCUGCUUCCUCGCACAUUUUUCUCUUGCGAAAACAGACACAAAGUUAUAUGUCAUGUGCUACACUUAUAUUUUACAGCUCCAAAUCUAUAUUUGUUGUCAUAAACAGAAUCCAACGUAGGUCACCAUUUCAUAGCAGAUGUGAAGCGCUGGAUGAAUUCAGUGUUUUUGCCGCUACCCAUUUAAGAUGCGUUAUAAUCUGUUUACACUUCUCACGUGUAGCUGUUCUGGGAAUGACUACAGAAAGCACAUAGCAGACAGACUUGUUCGAGGCUGACUUCAAUCCGAGGUUUUUACUUGUUUCAGCAUUGGGUCUCUAAAGUUUUAUGGGAAUUUGUUAUUUAUUUUUUUUGGUUUGUUGUACUUCAUGGCUAACUGUAAAGAUGUACAUAUUUGCUAUGUAUGCUAAGAGAAUACAAUAAAUCUUGGAAAACA